AUGUCAAAACUAGAAAAUUCGCGUGAAGAAUGUCAACCGACGAUCCGACAGCGUGUUGACGACCGUCACUGGCAAUUAUUUGAAGCACGUUUGAAAAAUCAAUCAGCUGGAAUAAAUAAAGAAAACUAUACUCAUCCGAAUGAUUAUCGAAUUAUUGAUCGUUUGAAAAAGGUUGAUGAACCGCAGGCACCCGUGGAGCCGACGCGUCGAUGGGAAUCGUUCUGCGAUCAAGUGCGAACUAAAUCAAGGGAGACCAAUCGUGUUAUGUCAAUAUUUCACAGUGUUUGGCUAAAAAAUUGGAACAAUGGGGAUGGAGAACUGAAACGACGACACAUGACGGAGCCCAUAUUGAAUGAAACAGCGUUUGUCGAACAUAUUUCUACAAAUGAUAAUGACCGAAAGGUGAUUUCAUCGAUUCUACAUCGAGCGAGUUGA